CCCUUCCUCGAUCAAACCACUCUCCCCUCCCCUCUCCUACUCCGCCACCUUCGCCCUUCUAGAACCUUCCCGCGUCCGCCAAUGGCGACCUGCUCGUGGGCCGCCACCACGGCGGCGGCGGCGCCCCCCCGCCCGCCCGCCAGGUGCCGCUCGCGCGUCGCCGCGCUCCGCCGCACGGCCGCCGCCUCCGCCGCCGCCGCCAGCUGCGUCCUCGCCGAAGCGCCCAAGGGGCUCAAGGUGGAGCAGGCGGAUGCGGUCGAGCCAGCGGCGGCGGCGGCGGCGCGGAGGGACGUGGGGCCGGACACGGUGGCGUCCAUCAUCCUCGGCGGCGGCGCCGGCACGCGCCUCUUCCCUCUCACGCGGACCAGGGCCAAGCCCGCGGUGCCUGUUGGGGGAUGUUACAGGCUGAUCGAUAUCCCGAUGAGCAACUGCAUAAACAGCAAGAUCAACAAGAUCUACGUUCUCACCCAGUUCAACUCCCAGUCUCUCAACCGUCACAUCGCGCGCACUUAUAACAUUGGCGAGGGGGUUGGAUUUGGUGAUGGCUUUGUGGAGGUGCUGGCAGCUACCCAGACAACAGGGGAAUCAGGAAAGCGAUGGUUCCAGGGAACAGCCGAUGCUGUCAGGCAGUUCCUGUGGCUAUUUGAGGAUGCAAGGCUCAAACGCAUAGAGAACAUACUAAUUCUAUCUGGUGAUCAUCUGUAUAGGAUGGAUUAUAUGGACUUUGUCCAGAAGCAUGUUGACAAAGGUGCUGAUAUUUCAGUCGCUUGUGUUCCUGUGGAUGAGAGUCGAGCUUCUGAUUUUGGAUUGAUGAAGACUGACAAGAAUGGACGCAUUACUGAUUUUCUCGAAAAGCCCAAGGAUGAAAGCUUGAAAUCAAUGCAACUAGAUAUGGGAACUUUUGGUUUGCGCCCAGAAGUUGCAGAUACAUGCAAAUACAUGGCUUCAAUGGGAAUAUAUGUAUUCAGGACUGAUAUCUUGUUAAGACUUCUAAGAGGACAUUAUCCUACAGCGAAUGAUUUUGGGUCAGAAGUUAUCCCAAUGGCUGCAAAAGACUACAAUGUGCAGGCCUAUCUAUUUGAUGGUUACUGGGAAGAUAUUGGGACAAUAAAGUCAUUCUUUGAGGCAAAUCUUGCUCUCACAGAUCAGUCGCCAAACUUCUAUUUUUAUGAUCCUGUGAAGCCCAUAUUCACAUCUCCUAGAUUUUUACCUCCAACGAAAGUAGAAAACUGCAAGGUUCUGAACUCUAUAGUUUCCCAUGGGUGCUUUCUAACAGAAUGUAGUGUUGAUCGCUCUGUUAUUGGUGUCCGUUCAAGAUUAGAACCGGGGGUGCAGCUGAAGGACACCAUGAUGAUGGGGGCAGAUUACUAUCAGACUGAAGCUGAGAGAUUUUCUGAAUUGUCUGAUGGAAAAGUACCAGUUGGCGUUGGAGAAAACACCAUAAUAAGGAACUGUAUCAUCGACAAGAAUGCUCGAAUUGGAAAGAAUGUAAUGAUUAUGAACUCACAGAAUGUGCAAGAAGCAGAGAGACCAUUAGAGGGUUUCUACAUUCGUUCUGGGAUAACGGUAGUGCUUAAAAAUGCGGUGAUUCCAGAUGGUACAGUUAUCUAGAGAAUCACCAAAGGAAAUAUUUGCAGAUAUCAAUCCCUUCUGGUUUGUUGCAUUUGAAGUACAUCUUUGAAACUCAUAAGGGGAUCUGAGUUCGACCUUCAACGUCGAUGCAGCAAAUAAACUUAAUACAGUGCAAAGGUUGCCAGCUUAUGAAUGAGGCUAGGAACUGAGGGAUAUAUCACCUGCAUCGGCAUGGCAAGAACGUUUUGGUUCUUUCGUAAGCGUCAAAAGCAAUAUAUCAAGAACUUCUGCCAUGCACAUGAAUACAGGAUAUAUAUAAUACUUAGAAAUAUUUCAUGUCGGUAAUUGUAUAUGCAUGUAGAAGCGAGAGGGUAUAAUCUGUUGUGAGUUAAAUGUGAUUACAUUGAGUAAUAAUAAUUACUUGUAGAAGAAGUACAUUUCUGUCACGUUGUAGGGUUUAUCUUGUACCGCAAAAAAUCACUGACUGUUGCUUAUCCAUGAAUUAACUUCCUCUGAUGUAUAUUUAUAUUUGUGAAUUAUCAAGAGAUCGAAAUAAAUACUGUACUACUCUUUGAUUGA